CCGGAAGUUGACGGCGUCGCCUAGCAACGGCGAUGGCGGAGCCGGGUGGCCAGGCGGGCGGGUCUGUCCCCAAAGGCGGGCCAGCCUCUGACGGAGAGGAGCAGCAGAACCAGGAGGAAGGCCACGGUGGCAGGGUGUCAGAGAAGGACCAUGGCCAGGGAGGUGGACAAGCCUCGGGGGAAGCUGCAGAACAUCCUGAGAGGGAAGGCACGACUGAAGGAGAAGCUGCACUUGCAGGGGACCCCGAAUUUGAAGAGGAGUCUGAAUAUGAAGGGGAGUCUGAAUAUGAGGAAUUCGUGAUAGAAGAGUAUGAAUUUGAGUUAGAAACCAUCUCCCCUGAAGUGCAGGUCAGCUCCGUGGAUCUGGCUUAUUCCCAAGGCAGCCCGCAGGAGCCGCAGGGAGGGGAGGCGCCCAGCCCAUCAGGGUCACCCCAGGAAGUCCCGGGCUCCCCUGAGCAAAUAAGCCGGGAAGCUUCUGGAGCCUCAGUGAGCAGAUCGGCAAAAUCCCCAAAAAAGUCGCAGCAGAAGGUCUUUCCCAUGGGGUCGCGACACCGCUUGAGGCUGAGCCGUGGGAGCAGCAACGUGUCCUCAGACAUGGAUGAGCCUUUCCUGGGCAUGGAGGAGCAGGAGCCAGGUACCGCCAGACCCCCGGGGCGGGCCUGCCCCACGGGAUACGCCGCUCGGCGUGCGCUGUGCUGUGCAAGCCGUGCCGCUCGUUUGUUCCGUGUAUGGCUGUGCAGGAGCGCCGCGGGGGCGCUCAGCCCGGCGGGCGGGAACGUAACCGGUGUGCUUCUCCACCUCCAGCCCCUGAUGGUCAGAUUCCAGGCCACCCUGAAGAGCUACCUUAACCGACAGAUAGAAAAGCUGAAGCUGGAACUUCAAGAGCUGGGCGUGGCCAACAAGCAAAGCCGGACGCAGCGGCAGGAGCUGGGGGUGAACCUCUACGGGGUCCAGCAGCAGCUGGCCCGCCUGCAGAUGCAGCUGGAGAAGAGCCACGACCGCCACUUGGUGGCCGCGUGCCAGAGGAGGCAGAAGGAGGAGGAGCUGCAGGGCGUGCGCGCGCUCCACGCCAAGACCUCCGAGGCCGCCAACCAGGAGCGCAAGAAGCUGGCGGCUCUGCAGACGGAGUUGGAGACCUUGGUCCUGAACCUCUUCUACCUGCAGAACGUCGACCAGGACGUGCAGGACGACAUCCUCGUGAUGAAGCAGGUGGUGAAGAAGGCCGAGGUGGACAGGGCGCGGGCGGAGACCGAGAAGAAGAAGCAGGACCUGUUUGUGGACCAGCUCACCAGCAAGGCCAAGCAGCUGGAGGAAGACAUCGCGCUGUGCGAGGCCCAGUGCACCGCCCAAGCGGAGGACACCCGCACUCUAAGGAAAGCCGUGAGCGAGGCGUCCACGGAGAUAGACGCCAUCACCAUGGAGAAGAAGCGCAUCCUGCAGCAGUGGUCCUCCAGCCUGGUGAGCAUGAAGCACCGUGACGAGGCGCACAGGGCCAUCCUGGAGGCGCUCAGGCAGUGCCGGCACCAGUCCAAGUCCAUGGACGGCGAGAUCGAGGCCUACAAGAAGUCGAUCACGCAGGAGGAGGAGAAGAACGAGAAGCUGGCGCGCCUCCUGAACCGCGCGGAGACGGAGGCCAGCCUGAUGCAGAAGCUGACGGCCCAGUGCGUGGCCAAGCGGGAGGCCCUGCAGGCCGAGUUCCACACCUACAAGCUGGCCCUGCAGGACUCGGAGGACGCCCUGGGCAAGGGCUACCAGGAGCACGCGGUGGCCGCCAGCGAGCUGCAGGCCCUGCGGGAGGCCGUCCGCGGCGAGCUGGAGCUGAAGAGGUCCAUGGACGCCGCCAUCCAGGAGAAGCUGCAGGAGCACAUGACCUCCAACAAGAUGACCAAGUACUUCAACCAGCUCAUCCAGAAGCUGCAGAAGGAGAAGACCAACAUGGUGACGCACCUGUCCAAGAUCGACGGCGACAUUGCUCAGGCCACGCUGAACAUCACCAACACCACCUGCCGGCUGGAGAUGCACCAGAGGACGCUGGACGAGAUGGACAAGGAAGUGAGGGGCCUCAACGAGCUCAUCUCCAACAGCGAGAGCGAGAUCUCGCGGCGCACCAUCCUCAUCGAGCGGAAGCAGAGCCUCAUCAACUUCCUCAACAAGCAGCUGGAGCAGAUGGUGGCCGAGCUGGGGGGGGAAGAAGUCGGGCCCCUGGAGCUGGAGAUCAAACAGCUGACCAAGCUGCUGGACGAGCACAGCGCCAUCGUGACCAAGUCCCAGGUGACCUGGCUGCGCCUGCAGCAGGAGCUGGUCGCGGCCACGCAGGAGCACGAGCAGCAGCUGCAGACCAUGGCCAGGGUCAAGAAGGAGAUACACAUCUUGGAGCAGAAGAGGCUGCGAGUGGAGAGUAGCCAGGACGAGGAAGGAGCAGGAAGAGAGAUCGCGAGGCGGCACAUCGGACCUGUGGUCAACGACCUGAGGAGGCUCAGCUUGCUGGUGUGCAAGAGCCGCAGCUCGGAGCAGCUGCAGCGGGACAACCUGGCCACCGAGGGCGAGUUCGUGCGCGCGCUCAAGCUGGAGAGCUGGGUGAGGCCGCAGAGGGUGAGCUCGCCGGAGCGUCCGGAAGAAAACUCCGCACCUCGCCUGCUCUUACCCUGCCCGUCCCACCCCUGCAGGCACCAGAUUAUGCUUUGGGAGAAAAAAAUCCAGCUGGCCAAAGAGAUGCGCACCUCGGUGGACUCUGAGAUGGGCCAGACGGAGACCCAGGCCAUGAAGACUGAGAUCCACAGGAUGAAGGUCAAGCACGCGCAGCUGCUGAAGCAGCAGGAGAAGAUGAUCCGCGACAUGGAGCUGGUGGUGGCCCGCAGGGAGACCAUAGUGACGCAGGCCGACGACCAGGACAAGGCCGGCCCGAAGGUGCUCACCCGGACCGACUUCCACCACAGGCAGGCUGAGCUGCGCCGCAAAAUCAGGGACGUGCACAAGGCCACCGAGGAGUGCAGCCAGACCCUCCUGGAGCUGGAGCAAGCGCAGAGGAGCUCGAGCGGCGCCCUCGUGGAGAAGCAGGAGCAGCUGUCGAAGAUGCAGUCCGACCUGGACACGCUGGAAGACCACCUCAGCCAGCUCUCGGCCCUCAAGAUACAGAACCUCUCGGAGAUCGUAGCCCUGCAGACGCGCGCCAAGCACCUGCAGGCGGCGAAGGAGGACAGGUACGUGUUCCUGUUCCGCUCCAAGCAGUCCCUGCAGGUGGAGCGCAGGCGCCUGGACGACCGGCUGGCCCUCAUCGCCACCAUCCUCCACCAAGUGCAGAACGAGUACCCCCAGUUCCAGAAGGACCUGGUGAAGAUCAGCCAGAAGGUGGCCAGCAAGCUCCAAUCGCUGGGGCUAUCGUAGAGGGCAGCCGGGAUGCCGCCAUCCACGGCUGCCCCACCCCCAACCCCCAGGAACAGAUCCAGAAAUGUGCUUGUUGCGAGGGACUUGCAACCCUGUGUCCCUAUAAACCACCUGUGCCCUCCGCUCGACCCCACUUAGGAGAAAUAGAUAAGCCAGCCCACCACAGGCACUGCGCAGCCACUCGGCAGUUUAACCAAGUAAAACCUGACUUCCCAACCGGCCGCUUUCCAGCCAGCCUCGGCCGGCGAGGCCGUGCCCGGGGUGGGCGCAGACACCCCCCCACCCACGCUGCACCUCGCCGCCCCGAUAACCCUUCCGCUGGUGAGGCUCCUCGCAACACCCGCCGUGGUGAGCAAAGGGCGGGAGCCGAGGUGCACCUGGCCGGCGGCCUCAGAGGCUGCUUCAUCCCUCAGCGCCCCUCCUAACAGGAGACCUGAAACCCCACCAACUUCCCCCCGGUGUUUGCCAUCACCACCCCCAGAAAACUCAGGCCUCUUCUCCUCCCCUCACGUCCAGUUCGAGUUAAAUUCACACUCGCAGCCUGCGGGAGAAGGUCAGGGACCCCAGACAGGUCAUUUACGGAAGCAGGUGACCACUUUAGUAAGAGCACCGCUUGGGUGAAUACUGAGAGACCACGUCCCCCCGUCUGCUCACCUGUCUCUUCGUCACUAUUUCUAUUUUGAGAUGGGGGUCUGGCUGUUGCCCUAGGCAGUCCCAAACUCAUGGGCUCAAGGGACCCUCCCGCCUCAGCCUCCCGAGCAGCUGGGACUGCAGGCAAGCGCCACCCGGCAGGCCCAAGUCUUCAUUAUUAACACUGUGCUCUCUCCACACCCCUGCAUUUCCAAGUACUAACCACCUAGUGGCUGCAUUGCAGUGUAAAGGAAAAAAUGUUCUAUAAAAUAAUUUCAUCCUCAAACGUUUCAGCAGAAGAAUUAUAAAAAUCUU